AUGUUGCUGCGCGAGAUCCUCGACAUCUCCUUUUCUGGCCGAGCUCCAAGUCAAGACCCCGCACUUUUCGCUUUGGCACUGUGCGCUCGAUAUCAGGUUUGUGAUACAACUGGCAAAAGAAAAUUAGCGCCGAAAAGUAAAGAGGAUCAGGAAGGAAAGUCAGUGCUGAAAAGUGAAAGGGAUCAACGUGGGCCAUUCGAGCGUUAUUGUUUAAAGAAUUUUAUUAAGCCACUGGAUCUAACUUAUCAGAAAUCGCUGCAGCAACUUGCUCUUCUUGCCGUUUCGAAGGUUUGUCGUACCCCACUUCAUCUUUUCAAGUUCAUUAAAUACUGUAAAAUGGUUUCGGGUGAAACUGGGCGUAAAAUGAAAAGCAAAGGAUGGGGGCGUGCGUUACGGGCUGCUGUUUGCAGCUGGUACUUCAACCAAAGUCCUGAGCAGCUGGUAAUGCUUGUCACUAAAUAUCGCAGUGGUGAAGGGUACUCGCACCGCGACCUCUUCCGCUUGAGCCAUAUCCACGCAUCCACAGCAUUACCGCCUGAACACAACUACUGGCAGUAUCAUACCGAAUACGACGCCAUUUUCAACUUUGUAAUGCAAGGUAAUCGUCGUGCUGCUUCAUACAUACUCAGUGCAUUUUUACGCCACCAUUUUCCUCAGUUUCAAUUACUUUUGUAG